CUAUUUCUGUCAGCAGGAGUGUGACGGAGGCGGAGGAGGAGAAGGAGAAGGGGGGACGUACCGGAGGGGCCGGACUUUCUUUCAGCAACUUCGCCGCGACAACUCUCUUUUCUUCCUCCUCCUCGGCUCCGUCGUAAAGGCUGCUGACACCAGCACUGCCACCUCCGGUUCAGGUUUGCCGCGGAUGUACGGACUUUUAAGUGGAUUAACCGCAACGAGUUUUGGAUUCACACGGUUCAAAUGUUGCCUUCCAAGAUGGAAUCAGCACCCAAUGCGAACAUCAUAAAGCUAUAAAGAAGGGCAAUCCAACAUUUUUCAUCAGGUGGCAGAUUCCUCCGUGUUGUGCGUCACCUCAUUUCCCAUGGACCUCAGGGUCGGUGAGCGGGGGAUGCGCCCUGGCUCUGACACGGCACUCCUCACACCCCUGCACCCUCCGUUGCUUCUCAGCCCAUUCUCCCCGCAGACCCGCACCUCCUUUUCCCAACAGCAGCUUCAACAGCACAUUCGGUUUAACAUGGAGCAGAGAAGACGUGAACAGGAACACCAUGAGAAGCAACAAGAAUUGCAGCAGCUCAAAAACAAAGACAAGAGUCAACAAAGUGCAGUGGCCAGUUCUCUGGUGAAACAGAAACUCCAGGAAGUCAUUUUGAAGAAGCAAAAGCAAGCGGCACUCGAAAGAACAAGCUCCAACACAUUGAGUCCUACAUCAGUAACAUACAGAAAACUGGGUCCUGAACCAAGCAUUUCCUCACAAACUCUGGUCUCAUCGCCCUCAAUGCCUUCACCUGAGGGUGCAGAAGGGACACGUCUGCGAAGGGCAGCAUCGGAGCCCAAUUUAAAAGUGAAGCACAAGCUGAAAAAACAUCUCAACACCCGCCAGAGCCCACUCACUCGCAAAGAAAGCGCUCCACCCACUGUCAGACACAAAGUACCUGAUACUCUGGCAGAUUCAUCGCCCAGCAGUAGCAGCACUCCAGUCUCCGGCUGUAGUUCCCCAAAUGACAGUCUUCCCACUGAAAACGGGCUAGUGCCAUCUGCUGGCGGCCUCUCACACGAGGCACAGAAGCUGCUUCUCAGAGAUGGCACUCUGGCAAACUUCACCAUCCAGAGUCCUUCCACUCUGCCCACCAUUACACUGGGACUACCAGCCAAUGCCAGGGUUGAAGGUGAGCUUUCCCAUCUGAAGCUUAGUCGAGGGCCCCUGGUCACAGCCGGAGCUCCACAGGUGUUGUUGCCCCUAGGCAGAGAAGAUCAAGCUGGGCAGCUCAGCUCACGACUUCCUGUUAUCAUCUUGGAGCCUUCCGGAUUGGUACAUGCGCCACUACUCACUGUUCCAGGACUCGAAUCAGUCCCACUUCAAUUUUCCCCCCAUUUGGACCAACUGUCUCCAGGUGGCGCGCAGGCCCACAAGCCUCUCAGCAGAACACGUUCAGAGCCCCUCCCGCAGAGCCCAAGGACCCUUCACUCACAUCUACUCCAACAGCACCACAACACGCAACUACUAGAGCGAUUAAAACAGCAGACUCACCUUGGCAAGCUCAUGUCCAAGUCCAGUGAGAAGCCUAGACUGCAUCAGAUACCUUCGGAGGAUAUGGACUCUGAGGAUGGCGGGGGAACGUCGCCGUCAGAACCAGCCUAUCAGAGCAGAGUGAGGGAAGAUUCUCUGAGGGAGGUGGAGACGGCAACAUCCAGUAGUCAAGAGCAGAUCAACCUACAACAUGCACUCAUACUAAACCAGUCAUUACUUUGGGAACAGCAAAAACAGCUGCAGCAGUUGCAUCGACAAAUGGAGACCCUGGCGGUACCGAUUCUCCGUAGUGGUGGAGGCGGUGCGAUCUGCGGCACGUUGGGUAUACAUCGGCCUCUGUCACGAACACAGUCCUCCCCGGCUUCCACGUCUCUCACUUUGCCCGAAAAACCUCUUAACCUGACCGGGCAGGAGGCCAACAGUAAAUCCCGCUUCACUACUGGCCUGGUGUAUGAUUCUCAGAUGCUAAAGCAUCAGUGUGCCUGUGGAGACAACAGCAAUCACCCAGAGCAUGCUGGUAGAAUACAGAGCAUCUGGUCCCGGCUACAGGAGAGGGGCCUAAGGGGGCAAUGUGAGAGCAUUCGGGGUCGUAAGGCAACUUUGGAAGAGCUGCAGUCUGUCCAUACAGAGCGUCACGUCUUGCUUUACGGCACCAACCCGCUCAACAGGCUCAAACUGGACAACCGCAAACUGGCAGGAAUCCUUUCUCAAAGGAUGUUUGUCAUGUUACCAUGUGGAGGUGUAGGGGUUGACAAUGAUACCAUCUGGAAUGAGUCGCACACAUCAACAGCGUCACGCAUGGCGGCCGGCAGUGUUGUCGAGCUGGCUGUCAGAGUGGCCAAGGGUGAGCUCAAGAAUGGCUUUGCUGUGGUCAGACCACCAGGGCACCAUGCAGACCCGUCCAAUCCAAUGGGUUUCUGCUACUUUAAUUCAGUGGCUAUCGCUGCCAAACAGCUCCAACAGAAACUCAGUGUCAGCAAAAUCCUCAUUGUUGAUUGGGAUGUUCACCAUGGUAACGGGACCCAGGAAAUUUUCUACAGUGACCCAAGUGUCCUUUACAUGUCGCUGCAUCGCUAUGAUCAUGGCAACUUCUUUCCUGGAAGUGGCUCACCUGCUGAGGUUGGGUCUGGUGCUGGUGAGGGCUUCAACGUGAAUGUGGCAUGGACAGGGGGACUGGACCCUCCCAUGGGGGAUGCAGAGUACCUUGCUGCUUUUAGGACCGUGAUGAUGCCCAUCGCCAAGGAGUUUGCCCCAGAUGUCGUUCUGGUCUCCGCCGGGUUCGACGCUGCCGAGGGCAACCCCGCACCUCUUGGAGGGUACAAGGUCUCGGCCAAAUGUUUCAGCUUUCUGACUCGUCAGCUGAUGUCCCUAGCAGGGGGCCGUCUGGUUCUGUCCCUUGAGGGAGGUCAUGACCUCACAGCAAUCUGCGAUGCAUCGGAGGCUUGUGUCAGUGCACUUCUUGGUGCUCAGGACCCGCUGUCAGAAGAGGUCCUGCUCCAGAAACCGAAUGAUAAUGCUAUCCGCUCCCUGCAGACGGUCAUACAAAUCCAAAGCCAGUAUUGGCAGAGUGUGAAAGCUUACAGUGGCUCCGUGGGUCUGUCCUACCUGGCUGCUCAGAGACGAGACUGCGAAGAAACGGACGCUGUUAAUGCUCUGGCCUCGCUUUCUGUGGGAGUUCUUUCCAGCAAGAGCCUUCCAGAUGAGCCAAUGGAACAUGACAGCGGCACCAUGUGACCAAUAGCCUCGUUCAGCUCACCUUCGGGAACAACGCUGGCCACACCUGUAGCACUGGAUCUCCAGUACUCCUCACGAGCAUGACAGUAGGCGGCGAGGGCAACCGGUCUGCCUCACUGCCACACAGACACAUAAACGUGGUAUAAGCACCUCAACGCUGAGAAGCACUCAGCGGUAACCUUGUGAAACCUCACCAAAGAGCAAUACAAGACGUUUUACGAACUUGACUGACAAUGAAUUGUGCCUUUUGUACCGCACAACAGCUCUGUGAAUACACACACACAUUAUUGAAAUGUUUCUCCUUCAGCACUAUGUUGCAAAUGCUGUCUUUCUUGCCUCAAGUUUGCCUUAAUGUUCGGACCAAGAACCUCAUCUAAUUGAGGAAUUUAGACCCCCUUUCACCCUUCCCUGCUUCAUGCCACAAGCGGCAAUAGAAUUAAAUGACUGACAUCAGGUCGUAGCAUGCACACAAGUACACGCAACUGUGGAGAAAAUAAGGAACAUUGUCUUUUAAUAAUGUUCUGAAAGCAAUUUGACCACUAGGAGAGUAUGAAGACACAAGAAUAAGGGCAAAGGUCCUUAAUGCUUCAUUGCACUGUUCAUUCCUUAAUGUGAAGUAUAGGAAUUUCCAGAGCUCGGGGAAAAAAAACAAUACUCCCACUAACAUUUUUUUUUGUUUCUUUACCAUGUAACUGAAUGCUUCGUACAUUUAUCGUCAACUCUCAAUUUCUUAUGACUUCUUAAUGACAUCCAUGGACCCAAAUACUGUUGAACUUAAUAUCCCGUGAAAAAUAGCCGCAUGUUCUUUCACUGAUGUAAUGUUUCUAUCCCAUCACCAUCUCUGUGUACCACUCUAAUAGGUAACAGCAACCAUGAUGCACUUGAAUACAUCACCCAAGCAGAACUGCAUACUUUUGGAAAUAAAACCACGUGAGGAUAUAUAAAUCAUAGGAGGAAUGUGCGUUUUUGACUAUACAGUGGUACCUCAACAUACGAUCUUUUCGGCAUAAAAUUUUACUCGCCAUUUGUUUUUACCGUCCCUGACAAGUCUUGUCGCUUAUCCAUUUUGUAGAAACAAUUGCUAAUAACCUGACUUUUAAUUAUUCCAUUAGUUUCAGAAGUGGCUCAUAUGAAAGCUAAGACCCUUCCAAAUGAUGUUGAAUGUACAAAAUUAUAUUUGUUUAAUGA